CGAUCUCCCUCGCCUGUUUUUUCUCGCGUUGGCUUGUCCUCUCCCUUCUGUGCCACGCCUCGCCCCCCCUCCCCCCCGAUCGCCUUCUGGCUCCCUCUAUCAUAGCAUCCACAUGUCCUCCAUCCCGACGGACACUGCCUUGGCUGACAUUCGCCUUAGAGCGUGUCGCCUCACCGAGCGCAUACUCUCCUGCCCAGUGGGCAUCCCACUGGCUCGGACCGCCGCCUUCCCGGCGCCACUGACAACCGGCACCACCACUGCCUUCGACGCUGCGUCGCUGGCCAGACCCGCCGGGAUGCCCGGGCAUCCCGGUACCUCCCUGUCGGCGGAGUCCACGGCUCUUCACCACUAUGCUGAUGCUUCGGAGGCGGUGUUGAUCUACUCGGCCGAUGAGCACGCGGCCCUUGUGUCGCGGAUACGGGAUCUGCGCAUCGCGGCCGAGGCGCGCCUGCGUGCAGCCGACGAAUCGGUGCACAUCCACCCAGAUGAUGUGGGACGCAUUGAGAUUCCCGGCGUGGGUUUGGUCAGCGUCGAUCCGGGAACCGACGAUCUGGAUGUGUGGCGCGCGCGUGUCGAGGCCGCCAAGUCGCGUUAUCUUUCGGCACUGGCUCUGCGCCAUGCGGCUGAUCAGCAGGCUUUAGCACAUUCUUAUGGCCAGCUAGAGCGCACGCACCCCAGGCUGUCCGUUGUCGCGGCCUACACUCGCCAGUGGGAGGCCGCUUGCCAGCAACAUGAGUCGCUUAUUCAAAAGGUCCAGGAGCGCUUGGUAUCUAUCGAGCGUGAGGUCCUUGGCUUGCAGCUGGCAUACAAUAAAAAGGUCAAAUUUGCCGCUGAACUUGAGCGGCAGAAUUUCCUCCGGCGUCUGGAGCGCUCCUCAUCUGCCCAGACGGCUACCAGGGAUGGUGAGCAAAUGCCGCGGUCCGACACGGGCAACAGUCAAGCGAGUGCGGGCUUGCAGAAGCGACUGGCUUCGAAUGCCAUCCUCCGGAAUGUCCUCCAGCUCCUUGUUCUGGAGUCCGGAGUCGACUGGAUGGCGCCCGAGGCGGACGAGGAGUUCCGGCGAACAGUCCUAUCCCUGGACGCGGUCCCCGCCGGGUUGCCAUUCGACGGUCAACUGGCUGACUGGUAAACCGUCCCGCUCAUCCCCCGGCCGCUUGCCUCCCCCCCUCCCCCCCAGGUUGCAUAGCACCUGUCCUUGACUUUGUACUUUGAUCUCUCCUUUCGUCCUCGUCCCGUCCCCCCCCCCCCCC